AUGCUUCACCACCAACCUCAGAUCCUCUCCCCUCUCCCCGAGAUGGGUCCCCAGGCUUCAAACACAUCUGGCUUGCGUGCUCGUAAGAUGUCUGCUGCUGGAAACAGAUCAUGGUCAGAAGAAGAGGAAAACUAUCUGCUCCAGACUCGCAUGCAGAAAAUGCCCUACAAGCACAUUGCUGCUCAUCUGAAGAAGACCGAGCUCGCCUGCCGACUCCACUACCAUCAGCUGUCGCACGGCAGCCACCGUCGUAGGCGCAGCGCAUCCGUCUCGUCGACUGCUUCUUUCGGUUCCGUUGCCCAGUCUGUGUGCUCGACAGGGACUGAACACGAUGACUUUUCGCAAUCCUCCCGCCACGCUUCGCCAAUGAGCUACACAGGCAGCUCCCAUCACAUCAGGUCGACUUCGCUCAACGCCUCUCCUGGUCGCAGCCAGCACAAGAUUCUUCUUCCUAAGCCCCGCACGUUCACUCCCCAAGGUUCCCCUGAGCCUCACAACGGACUUCGUAUCAACACGGAAGUUGCCCGUCAGCCACGGAUUGUCGACACCGACCGACUUCGCGCUAUUUAUGAGGCUCGCCGCCAGCAGUUCUGGUCUACCGUCGCCGCCGAUUAUGGUGCGGAUGUUUCACCUGCGCAGCUUGAGGAAAUCUGGCGCAACAGCUCCAGAUCAGUGCGCCCGCCCACUCCUGAUGCCUCUCCUGAUGGUAGCAUUCUGCACAACCCGGUCUUCAAAUCUUCGGUUCUUCCGUACGCGUCGCCCGCGCACAGUGAGCCCAAGCACUACAGCCCCAUGAACAUCAGCGCAGGCUCCGCACCCGAGCGCAUGCCGUACAUGCUCCCCAUGCCCGUUCCUUCUUCGGGCCGCGCCCGUGCUGGUACCUGGAGCUCUGCGCCCAGAGACAACAUGCCCAUUGCCAGCCUCUUGACAGAGGACAAGAACCCCCGCCAGUUCUAA